CUCUAGGGAAAUAACGCUAAAGUUGAAGGGGCAGUUGAUAAAUAAGAAAAACUAAAACCCUAAUCGCAGUCGGCGAGAUAUAAAGCCGAGUGAUAGAAGUUAGCAAGGCCAUUUGACAGCCACUGGUAAUACAAUCCGGUAGCAUCUCUCAGCGUAUACUCUGAUCAAAUAAUAUAAAACCCUCGAAGCCAUGUCGAAGAAGAAGACAAGAGAGCCAAAGGAAGAAAAUGUCACCCUUGGUCCUGCUAUAAGAGAAGGAGAACAUGUUUUUGGAGUGGCCCAUAUUUAUGCUUCUUUUAACGACACUUUCAUUCAUGUCACUGAUUUGUCCGGUAGAGAAACUAUGGUUCGCAUUACUGGUGGAAUGAAAGUUAAAGCUGACAGGGAUGAAUCUUCACCAUAUGCUGCCAUGCUUGCGGCACAGGAUGUUACUCAGAGAUGCAAGGAACUUGGAAUUACUGCUCUUCAUAUUAAGCUCCGUGCUACAGGAGGGAACAAAACCAAAACACCUGGUCCUGGUGCCCAGUCAGCCCUAAGGGCACUUGCUCGUUCUGGAAUGAAAAUUGGUCGCAUUGAGGACGUGACACCAAUUCCUACUGACAGCACUCGCAGAAAGGGUGGUAGAAGGGGAAGAAGGCUGUAAAAUGUUUUCAAACUAUUCCAGUUUGUGGGUAUUGGUGCUUCGAUAGUCGCAUUCACUACCAUUUUAGGUCUGCCUGGAUCUGGAUUUUUGAAGUUUGCGCCAUUUUUGUAGUUUUUUUCUCUGGUUUAAUCUACCUGGAAUUGAUAUUUAAGCUUUUGUAGAAACAUAAUGAUACGUUAGUAUGAAUUUUCUUUCAGGUGAUGUUCAGAAUCACAAUAUUAUGAUCUUCAGUUGUCGGUA